CAACAACAACAACAACAACAACAACAACAACAACAACAACAACAACAACAACAACAACAACAACAACAACAACAACAACAACAACAACAACAACAACAACAACAACAACAACAACAACAACAACAACAACAACAACAACAACAACAACAACAACAACAACAACAACAACAACAACAACAACAACAACAACAACAACAACAACAACAACAACAACAACAACAACAACAACAACAACAACAACAACAACAACAACAACAACAACAACAACAACAACAACAACAACAACAACAACAACAACAACAACAACAACAACAACAACAACAACAACAACAACAACAACAACAACAACAACAACAACAACAUAAUUGGAAGAAUUUUCUAAACACACCCAACAUUUUAAACCAACACCAAGAAAAGAUUUUUAUUGAGCAAUCAUACAACAAUGCAAUCCCGAUCAGGAAAGCAUAUCAAAAUUAUAACCCAAACGUAUCUCACCGAGAUAUUCACAUCUGA